AUGUCACCAAGGCGCCUGCCUCCCGUCCGAUCUCAGUCUGCCAAGCUGACGCUGCGGUCAAGCCGCGGUUUCGGGACAAGGAGAUCUCCAACAGCAGACCUCUCCCGACUCCAGCCACUACCUCCACCAGUUCAGGUCGAGGCAGGGGAACAGCCCUCGGGAGUUGUUGCGUCCAAAGAUGAUGCGGUUGAACAUGUGGAGCACAAUCAAGAGUUGUGCGCGAUUUGUCUAGAGGGACUUGAUGAUUGCAGCUUCAGCUACCCGUGUGGCCAGGGACACAGGCUGCACUACCACUGCAUGCUCCACUUCCUGGGCAGCAUCCUGGCCCUUCCCCUCUCGGACGAGACCCCUGGGCCACUGCGAAAAGAGCAAGUCCGUGAGAUGGGCACGGGAUUCAAAGCUGUUGCCUUGCUGGAAGCAGCGAUGCAAAAUCUUCAUGCCGAGACGCGGCGACGCUUGUGCUGCCCGCUCUGCAGAUGCUCAUGGCCGGACGAAGCUGAAGUUUCUCUGGAGCACACCAUGGCCUCGCUGCGUCAAUGUCGCAUAAAGAAGCUGGCAAAGAACGUAGGAAGUCUUGAGAAGGCCUUCAAUUCCGUGAAAGCCAGCUAUGACCAGAGGGUAGAGAUUGGGCGGCACCGGAUGGGACAUGGCUUGACAGUCCUCGACAACAACCUUCACACGGCUGCGAGCUACCUGAGCCACGGCGACACGGCGUGCGCCACGGUUCUGCGAAUCUUUGAGUUCCUGGAUGCGAGACAUGUCACGUCAGUGUCAGCCUGCUGUACAGCAGCAGCACGGCAUUGCUGGGUGGAGUGCAAGCUCCGAGCUCCUCACGUGAAAGCAGCGACAGUGCGUUCAGCUACACACCACAUCUGGCCACAGACGACCAGGUCGCUGCUGAUCGAUCCAUCGCUGCGAACGGCCGUUCAGAAAGGGACUUCAGGCUUAGAUGUUGUAUCCUUCUCGAAGUGGCUUGCAUGUGCUGCUGGCCUCCUGGAAGUGAACAUUCAUGCAGCCGGCUGGGAGAAGCUCGACCCCGGGGCGGCCUAUCUGUCGCAGAGUCUGCCCAUCCAACAUCUCCAGAUCCUGGAUCUGUCGCAUAAUGGGCUGACUGACUUGGGUGCUCAGAACUUAGCAGCAGCACUGACGAAGAAGCGCCCAGUUCGUUUGGAAGUGCUGAAGCUGGAGCUGAACUGCAUCACGGAGGCCGGCUUUGAUUCACUGCUCAGCCUGGGCAAGGAAGUUGGCAAUCGCAUCCGCAGUUGGGGCUUCCGACACAACAAGCUUGGCGAUGCGUCGUGCAAGCUUCUAGCAAAGGCUCUAGAUCCAGAGGGUAUCGGUGCUCCGAAUCGUCUCAACGUCUGGGAUCUGCGCACCAACCGAAUCGGUCUUGAAGGCUGCAAAGCCUUGGCACCCGUCAUCGGAUCGAUGGAGGUAGCUCGUCUGGGGUGCAACCCCCUGGGUGAUGCGGGAGGAGAGCAGCUGGCGAACGGCCUGGGGCGCAACCUUCGCAUCCUCGACCUUCGGCAAGCAGAGCUGGGAGAGGCGGCGACCCUGGCUCUGGGAAGAAAGCUCCGGGAAGCAGCAAAACUGCAGGAGCUCCUCUUGUCCGGAAACAACAUCGGCCCAGCAGGGGCGCAGGCUUUGGCAGAAGGCUGGGCUUGGAUCUCCUCGUUGAGACACGUGGACUUGUCGGGAAAUAUGGGCAUUGGGAGAGAGGGUGUGGAUCUCCUGGCAGACGAGUUGCCCUUCUGGCAGCAGGCACCAUUUCGGCUUUCCCUUGCCAGCAUCGGCUGCGAGGACGAAGGGGCAAAGAGAUUGGCUGCUGCACUGAGAAAGAAUCCGCGUAAAGGACGCGGUUGGACGAUCGAGCUUCAGAACAACCCAAUUGGCAGCUGGAUGAAGCUGCAGAUCUUGCAGUUGCUGGAGGAGGACUUAUUCCGCUGUGAUGAGAUGCUUUCAUCACGCAAAUGA